AUGGUGCCUUGGCUAGAGAAUAUACUACAUCCCUCGAGACGUUUUCAGUCUCGCAAACGCCGGACAUCGCUUGGUGAUGAUGACGCGGUCGGACUCUUACACGACGAUCCCUCGCAGCAGUCACUGCGGCCACGCCACCAAGAAGAACACAAGAGGUCGUUUACGAGCAACGAAACCACGGCUGGUGACGAACAAGAGAGUGAUGACCGGCACGUAAACCCUCGCGUGCAUGGGCAUGUCCCGACUCCGACAGCGACGCUGGGCCUCGAUGCGUGCAUCGCAAGCAUAGCAGUCAAAGAGAUACGCGCCCGACUGGACAGUGCUUCCGACGCCCGCAGUCGAGAGCCCACGCGACUUGGUGUACACUCCAUAUUCAACCUCAAGACUGCUUACAGAGACUUCUUUGGUGAACAACGUUGGCGAAAGAAGGUAGAAGAUGCGAAUGCCGAUCUGGAGGACGCCUUGAAGAGGUUAAGAAACCUCCAAGCCGUCCAGUAUAGUCGGGGGUACAACGCGUCUGGUCUUGGCCAGGAAUACCUCCACUGCGCCGGCUGCAAAGAAGAUCAUCUUGCCAGAGCUUUCUCUCCCGACGAGAAGGGCAAGUCGCGGGAUAUAAGAGUGUGCACCGGGAGGAACGCGUCCAUACGGCUCUGUGACCAUGUUCAGAUCAAGUGGGCCGACGUCGAAACCGCGGUCAAGGAGCCAAUGGAGCUUGGCCCCUUAUCGUCACAGGCAUCUGAUUUCAUCCACUGCGAGAAUAGGAGCCACAACUUCCACUGCGGCGACCGUUCCCGAGUGCCCACCUGUCCACAAGCGAAGAUCAUCCACGACAAGGACGGUGACUUCGUGCUGCGUCUCCAUUGGGCGCCGCACAGCAAGAUAUCCGCCUUCGCGCGCCAUCACAAAGGACGUAUCGAUGUCUCCGAGCUUCACGCCGUCUUCAAAAGAUACCGGCGUGAUGCCGCCCGCCACAUCGCACCAGACACAACAACUCCCAGAGCUCUUCCGGAGAUGAAGUGCUUCAGCUCACCCACGUGCGCUUGCCUCCAAUUCCAGACGCGCCAUCAGCAUAACGAAUUCUUCCAUAACGUAGAGGGGAGGACGCAUGGAAAACUAAAUGCUCAAGGGCCUUGGUUCCACCGCACGCCGCAGUCCAGUCCGCGCCCGGCGCUCAUCAACAUGUGGCGGUGCACAAUGCCCGGCGAGGAGGGGGAGGCGCCGUGUAUCGUCACGGCAUACUCUCGGGACAUCCACCUCGGUCUUCCAGAUAUCCAAUCAGGCAGGAUCAACCCGAGCCGCCAGUGGUGCCUCCAGGUGGAGCCGGACUCCGGGUCUUAA